AUGCGUUCCAGAAGUCACAGCACAGAAAGCCCAACCAGACCAAAGCCGAGCCAGCAAAGGCCGAAAGAGCACCAUAAAGAAGAGGUUGGUUACAGUGGGAGAGGAAAUGUGCACAGAAGGCAGAAGGAGAAGGACGAUGUAGGCCAAACCAGUACCAUCCUAAGGAGCCCUAAGGCAGAGAAAAAACCAGGAGGUUCUUUCAAGAAAAAAGAGGAUCUCUCUCGUGAUGACUUGCUAUUUCUUCUUAGUGUCCUCGAGGGUGAAUUACAGGCGCAAGAUGAAGUUAUAGGAGUACUUAAGGCUGAAAAAAUCGACUUGGCUUUGCUUGAAGCACAAUAUGGCUUUGUUACUCCCAAGAAGGUGCUAGAAGCCCUCCAGCGAGAUGCUAUUCAAACAAAGGCUGAGCAAUGGCAAGAAGAUAUCUACGAAAAGCCUAUGGGAGAGCUUGAUAAAGUCGUAGAGAAGCAGAAAGAAAGUCACAGACGAAUGCUGGAGCAACUGGUAAUGGUAGAAAAAUCACACAGACAGACACUGUGUGAACUAGAGGAAGAGAAGAGGAAGCACAGCAAAUACAUGGAGAAAAGUGAUGAGUUUACAAGCUUACUGGAACAAGAACGUGAAAGAUUAAAAAAGCUUCUUGAACAAGAAACAGCGUAUCAGGCACAAAAAGAGAAGGAAAGCAACAAGAAAAUAGCUAAACUGAAAGAAGAAUUGACUAAACUGAAAUCCUUUGCUUUAAUGGUGGUGGAUGAACAGCAAAGACUCACUGAGCAGUUGAAUCAACAAAGUCAAAAAAUUCAAGAAUUAACCAAUUCUGCAGAACAAGCACAAGAGAAGCUGGCUAUCGCUGAAGCAAAAGUUCAAGAAACGGAACAGAGAGCCAGGAGGCUGGAGGCAGAACUUCAAACCCAAAGCAGUAAGACCUCCCAAGACCAAGAAGCAAUGAUGGCCAAACUAACCAAUGAAGACAGUGAGAAUCGUCAGCUUCGGUUAAAAUUAACGGCUCUCAGCCGACAAAUCGAUGAGCUAGAAGAGACCAAUAAAUCUUUACGAAAAGCAGAAGAAGAACUGCAAGACCUAAGGGAUAAGAUAAAUAAGGGAGAGUGUGGCAACUCCACACUUAUGACUGAAGUAGAAGAACUACGGAAACGACUACUGGAGAUGGAAGGAAAAGAUGAAGAGCUCAUAAAAAUGGAAGAUCAGUGCAGAGAACUUAAUAGAAAGUUAGAAAAAGAAGCAUCACAGAGCAAGAACCUUAAAGGAGAAGUUGACAAACUCAACAAAAGAAUUAUGGAGCUGGAGAAAUUAGAAGAUGCUUUCAACAAAAGUAAACAGGAAUGCUACUCUCUGAAAUGCAACCUAGAAAGAGAAAAAAUGUUAACAAAGCAGUUGUCCCAUGAGCUGGAUGGCUUAAAAGCUAGAGUUGGUGAGCUUGAAGCAAUUGAAAGUAAGUUAGAAAAAACUGAGUUUACGCUUAAAGAAGAUUUAACAAAGCUGAAGAGUCUAACAGUGAUGCUCGUGGAUGAACGAAAAACUAUGGGUGAAAAAAUAAAGCAAACGGAGGAAAAGCUGCAAGCUGCAACUUCUCAGCUUCAGGUAGAACAAAAUAAAGUGAUGUCCGUAACAGAAAAACUAAUUGAGGAAAGUAAAAAGGCACUGAAAUCAAAAUCUGAUGCAGAGGAAAAAGUGUCCAGUGUUACAAAAGAAAGAGAUGAACUGAAAAACAAACUCAAAGCAGAAGAAGAGAAAGGAAAUGAUCUUGUUUCUAAAAUUAAUAUUCUAAGAAAAAGACUUCAGUCACUGGAAGCUGUUGAAAAAGAGUUUCUUAAAAAUAAACUUAAGGAAAGUACUAAAUCCAGCAGCUCCUUGCAGCAGGAAAACAACAAAAUCAAAGAGCUUUCCCAGGAAGUUGAGAGGCUUAAGCAGAAGCUGAAAGAAAUGAAGGCCAUAGAAGAUGAUCUUAUGAAAACUGAAGAUGAAUUUGAGUCUCUAGAACGAAGAUAUGUCAAUGAACAGGAUAGAGCCAAGCUCCUAUCAGAGGAGCUGGAGGCUAUGAAAAUGGAAGUGGCUAGGUAUAAGUUAACGGAAAAGGCUGAGUCCAGUCAAGAGCAGCGCCUUUUUAAGAAGCUUAAAGAAGAGGAAGCUAAAUCAAGUCACCUUUCCAGAGAAGUAGAUGCACUGAAAGAGAAAAUCCAUGAAUACAUGGCAACAGAAGACCUAAUCUGCCACCUCCGAGGUGAUCAUACAGUCUUACAGAAGAAACUCCUCCAGCAAGAAAACAAGAACAGGGAGUUAGCAAGAGAAAUGGAAAGCCUAGUGAAAGAACUGGAGAGGUACAGACGCUUCAACAGGAACUUCAGGCCUGGUCUCAACGGAAGGAGAAUUUCUGACUUGCAAGCUUUUUCUAAAGAAGUCCAGACAGAUCCAGCAGACAAUGAACCACCCGAUUACAAAACCCUCAUGCCUUUGGAGCGAACAGUCAUAAAUGGGCAGCUGUAUGAAGACAGCGAUAACGAGGACAGAGGCAACAACGAGGAAGAAGAAACUGUGUCUUUCAAAAGCAACUCAUCCAUUGCAAAUGCCGUGAACAAAAAAUUAUGGAUCCCUUGGAUGAAGUCCAAAGAGAGUCAUCCUCAAAACGGAAAGAUUCAUACAAAGCAAAAUGGAAACUGUGCACAAACUGGAGACCUAGUGCUAAGCCAUACACCCGGUCAACCUCUUCACAUAAAAGUAACUCCUGACCAUGGGCAGAACACAGCAACACUUGAAAUAACUAGUCCUACCGCUGAAAGUCCUCACUCCUACACAAGCACAGCAGUUAUACCCAACUGUGGCACUCCAAAGCAGAGAAUAACCAUUAUUCAAAACGCCUCUUUAACCCCUGUCAAAUCAAAAGCAGCAGAAGGUUACGUGAGCCCCGAACCAGUAAUUUCUCCUAUUACUAUGGCCACUUUUGCAAGAUCUCAAACUCCUGAAUCGUGUGGUUCUUUAACUCCUGAAAGAACAAUGUCCCCUUUGGCUUUACCAGGCUCAAGUUCUCAGGAACAAAUACUCUCCUCGGAGCCUCUGGAAAUGGGAGCCAAGCACACCAUUUUUAGAGUAUCCCCAGACAGGCAGUCGUCAUGGCAGUUUCAGAGAUCUAACAGUACAGGAUCAAGUGUAAUAACUACUGAGGAUAACAAAAUCCACAUCCAUUUAGGAAGUCCUUAUGUACAAGCUCUCACCAAUUCCAAGCCCAUCAGCCCUUGUAAUCCGGUGCAAGACAACAGAACUCCAGCACUAGCUAAUGGCCUUCCCAAUAAGCCCACCAAUAAAAUCACCAGCAGUAUUACUAUCACACCAACAGCCACUCCUCUCCCACGGCAGUCACAAAUUACAGUAAGUAAUGUCUAUAACUGACCCCCACCCAUGCUGACACCCUUACCAGCAACCCAUCCCGUUUUUCAUCCCAGCAAGAAUUAUGUGGAACAGCCCCUUUACUUUGGGAGAGAUCCGUGCAUGAACUAUACAACAUAUGGAACUAACGUUAAGUUCUGCCUGCUUAGUGUUAUCAAGUGUGCACUUACUGUAUAUCUUCUCAUUGAAAUACCGUUAUGUAAAAUAUUUAGUCUUGCACUUGUAUAAAUGCAUCUUUAUGUAUUUCCAUUUUCAAAAUAACUCACAUUACUUUUGACUGCAACUUGCCUUGGUAAAAUACUUUAACAUUACAAAACCAGUAAAUAAUUGAUUAUUUU